AUGGCUUCGUGUGCACCAUUUGGUUGUGUUUUGAGGGAUCACAACCGGCGAGAUCGAUGCAGAGCAGAGAUUAAUGCCAGAGCCACGCAAACAGCAUUGCAAAAGAACUUGAAGAACUUGGUCAGAAACCACCUCCAGACUUGCGUUUCAAUCUCUCCUGAAACGUCACAGAACCAACAACAAAUCAACGAUCCAGAUUCUUCAUGGAUUGGCAACAAUGAAGAGGAAAGACAAACAAACGACGUCGACACCUUGGGGUUGGCAAAUUCGGCAACUUCAUCACCAGGGCCAUCAACUUCUAGGAGAGAAGAUAACAAUGUUCUGGUUAGAUCAGAUAGUCUCGGUGAAAUCUCAAGCCUUAGGGCUUCUUCUCUUGUACAAAUAUGGGAGAGAAGGCUAAGCAAGUCUCAUAGUAUGAACUCCAAUGCAAGCAGGUGUGAUUCUGGCACUAGUUGUAAUGAGAUUGCAUCCUCUGCAGCUUCAUCUGUUGAUGAAAGAUUCGAUGUUUGCCCCGCGCCUGAGGAUUCUUUUUCGGCUUGGAAUGGCGAAAGGAAUGCCCAAAGCGAUCAACCAUGUUGUUCUUCGUCUCAAGAACAAAGUCUGGAUUCAGGAGAAAGUGAAAGGGUAAGAGUUGCAGAUAUUAUUAGGAGAUUCACAGCUGCUAAUCAGGUACAGAGUUCAUUAUCUUCUUUGAGUGAUGAUAACUCUAGCACCAAUGCAUCACCGUCUGGCGAGCACGAACGUUCCUCUACUCCGGAUCAAUUAGAGCACAGAGGCUUUUCUCCUGUUACAUAUUCACCUCGGAUCAGAGGGAGACAGGCUUUUAAUGAUUUGCCUAUGCAAAUAGAGCGUGACAGGCAUGGAGAGCUUGAAAAAUUGGUCGAUCGCAGACUGGUUUCGAGAUUCCCACAAAAAGAUCAAAUUCAGUCUUUAUUGCGGCAUAGAUUGCUACAGAGCAACAUUGCAAUUCACGAGCAAGAAGGCCCAGAAUCAAGAUCAUCUCAAUUCAAUAAACAACCACAAAGUUCUACCAUCAUGCAUUUGAGGCCUCAAAGGGAGAUAGUAAACGACACCAUAGAUUCGGACAAUUCUUCCAUCCCCAUUACACCUAAUGAAGGUGCACACACUCAUGAAGCUAAUUGCACUGAGCAGCAAAGUCCAGUGCUUGAACAAAAUUCAUUGUCGUAUGCAAGUGAAGAUCUUCAAGAAAAUUUGAAUCCAAGUUCUGAUGUUACAUGGCAAGGAAUAAUUUCAGAGACCGGAAACCUUGAGUCGCAAAAAACAACAGAUUCAACCACGUUGUCUGAUGGUUGGUAUACAAAUGAUGCAGCAGAAGAAGUCUGCAAUUCAGAGAAUGAGAUGUGUCGGUUACGCGAAAGCCAAUCCACUUCUUCACUGCAAAUCCCGCCAUCAUCUCUACUUGGUUCAUGGGGAUGCCAGGACAAUGAAGUGGGUGAUGAGUCUGAUCUGGCUACAUCCACAUCUCCAACUCCAUCUCCACACCAACAUUUACCUUCUCAAACUUACUAUCAUGGUACGACGCAAUGCUCUCCGGCCAGAAUUACUUCUUCAAUUGAACUGGAAGCGAUAUACGAUUUGAGAAGGCAUAUGGAGCAACUGUCGCAUGAAAUGUCUGAGCUGAGAAAAUCAAUGAAGCUCAAGGAGAAGGAACAUCACGUGAAGGGGCACCAAAGAAAGGCAAUUGUUGUAUAUGCUGGGAGAUGUGGGCAUAUGUGCACUUGUCUAAAGUGUGCACAUGAGUUGCAACGGAGCAGUGGAAAAUGCCCAAUUUGUGGAGCUCCAAUAGUGGAUGUUGUGCGGGCCUAUAUGGAUACAAAUUAUCCCUCCAUCGAAUCCAGGGAGCGAUUCGAUAAUGGUUUCGAUCAGCAGGGUGCAACAGCUCACAGUGAUAAUCAGACUGAUUCAAGAAGCCCUCAAAGGGAGAUAGCAAAUGACACCAUAGAUUCGGACAAUUCUUCCAUCCCCAUUACACCUAAUGAAGGUGCACACAUUCAUGAAGCUAAUUGCACUGAGCAGCAAAGUCCAGUGCUUGAACAAAAUUCAUUGUCGUAUGCAAGUGAAGAUGUUCAAGAAAAUUUGAAUCCAAGUUCUGAUAUUAUACGGCAAGGAACAAUUUCAGAGACCGGAAACGUUGAGUCGCAAAAAACAACAGAUUCAACCACGUUGUCUGAUGGCUGGGAUACAAAUGAUGCAGUAGAAGAAGUCGAAGACAAUUACCAGCAAUAUUCAGAAACCAACUAUGAUUGGAUUAGUGAUAUCUCACGUCCAAGGAGCCACUGGGAAGAUCGUAGGAAAGCCUGGUACCAAAAGAUGCAUAACUGCAAUUCAGAGAAUGAGAUAUGUCGGUUACUCGAAAGAAGAACAGUAUCAAAUUUUCAUUGCAGUGCCUUUAGAGAAAGAAUAGAGAGAUUAAUGGUGACUCACUUAGAAAGGCAAGUACGUCAAGAAAACGAAGAAGAAGAUGAGGAACAAAACCAUGAACAAUUGAUGACUUUCCUGCAAAGGCGCAUGCAUCUAGCAGAAACUCAACAACAACAUCAACAAGAAUUGGAGAAGGAGGAGGAACAAGAACAACAGCAACAACAACAUCUACAAGAAUUGGAGAAGGAGGAGGAACAAGAACAACAGCAACAACAACAUCUACAAGAGGAAGAGGAGGAGGAAAAAGAAGAAGAAAUCGUAAAUAGUGGUCAAUAUCAAGAGGGCAGUGAUUAUAUUAACCAAUCCACUUCUUCACUGCAAAUCCCGCCAUCAUCUCUACUUGGUUCAUGGGGAUACCAGGACAAUGAAGUGGGUGAUGAGUCUGAUCUGGCUACAUCCACAUCUCCAACUCCAUCUCCACACCAACAUUUACCUUCUCAAUCUUACUAUCAUGGUACUACGCAAUGCUCUCCGGCCAGAAUUACUUCUUCAAUUGAACUGGAAGCGAUAUACGAUUUGAGAAGGCAUAUGGAGCAACUGUCUCAUGAAAUGUCUGAGCUGAGAAAAUCAAUAAAGGUUUGCAUGGACAUGCAGAUGACCAUGCAACAAUCCAUUAAACAGGAAGUUAAUUCAGGCUCAUUGUUAAGCAUUCUUCUUCCAUUCAUUUAUACUCCAAUAAUUCAACAAUUAAAAACUGUGUUCUUUUUGUUCAAGGAGAAGGAACAUCACGUGAAGGGGCACCAAAGAAAGGCAAUUGUGGUAUAUGCUACGAGGUGUUCACCUUUGUAUAGAUGUGGGCAUAUGUGCACUUGUCUAAAGUGUGCACAUGAGUUGCAAUGGAGCAGUGGAAAAUGCCCAAUUUGUGGAGCUCCAAUAGUGGAUGUUGUGCGGGCCUAUAAGGAUACAUAA